CCCGUCUCUCCAGUUACUGGUGCUUGCAUGGCUGUAUUAUGAUUUUUUUUAAAUAGUUGGUAGUUCUUGGAAUGGUAAACCUUUAAUCGUAGGUUUUAUAAGUGAUCAUUUGCUUCUGUGUGACCAGUUUUCCUGGACAGCAGCGAGUCCAGUUAUACAGGCUGCUCCCUCAGGAACUUGUCUUGAUUGGUUAGGGGCUGACAGGGUGGGAGAGGCGCUCCGUCUGCUCCCAGCUGAGCUGAGUCUAUAGGGAGUACAGUCUUCACUGUCUCUUCCUCAUGGAAAGAUAAGGUCUUCAUCACGGGUAACCCUCCUGCUCUGCGACCAGCCACUUUCAGAUGCCCUUCAAACACUCCUUCCAUGGAAUUUUGGAUCCAGAAGACAUUUUUAAUGCUUAAAGCUGGAAACCCGGUUGAGUGAGCACCACGCCAUGGUUUUCGAUGAUCACCCUCCAACCAAAACCCCCACCGGUUCUUAAAAGGAUUUUACGCAAAAGAACAAGCGAGUUCAACCAAACCUUGACCUUCCACUGUGCUGGGAGGAAGUUGGAAUGAGCAAGGGGCCCUGAGGAGUCAGCGGAGGAGGUAAAAGGCGUAGGAUCAGUGAAGAGAGCAGGAAUGAGCUGCUUUAUAUGUGAACUUCCAGCACCAUGCCAAACCUGCUGGCAGCCCAGCACAAGAGGAUCAAACUCCUGCUUUCUCUACUUCUACUGGUCAUCAGCAAGCAGAAAGCGACAGCCUCAUUGCUCGAAAGCCUCAUUUCGAAACGCAUGGAGUACUGGGAAAACUGCAACAGCACCCUGACGUCUGCUCCUUUUCCAGCAAGUGGCAACUACUGUAAAGGAAGUUUUGAUAUGUUUGUGUGCUGGCCCCAUUCAUCUCCGGGGAAUGUGUCUGUCCCCUGUCCUCCCUUCUUACCGUGGAUCACAGAGGACGGCAACAGAAGGGCAUAUCGGGAAUGCUUGGAGAACGGCAGCUGGAGAAAGAUGAAGAACUCCUCAGAUCCCUGGCGAGAUGAUUCUGAAUGUAAGGAGGACCAAUACUUUAAAGACAAGGAGGAUGAAUUACUGCGUCAUUCCGCCCUCCGGCUCAUCUCUGUUAUUGGCUAUUCCCUGUCGCUGUUCUCCCUCACUCUGGCCACUCUCCUCAUGGGCAUGCUGAGGAAGCUGCACUGCACCAGAAACUACAUCCACAUGAACCUGUUUGUGUCAUUCAUCCUGCGGGCGGCCGCCGUCAUUUCGAAGGAAAUCAUCUUCCAUCUCAUGUACUCCAACCUGCCCAAGAACGACCCGGGGUGGAACUCCUACUCCAGCUCUGCGAUAGUGCUACUGUGCAAGUUCUCCAAAGUGUGCAUGGAGUACUUUGUGGCGUGUAAUUACUUCUGGCUCUUGGUGGAGGCCAUUUUCCUUCACACGCUGCUCUUCACUGCGGUGCUGACCAAGAGGUGCCUGUUGAAGAAAUACAUUCUGCUAGGAUGGGGGACUCCCGUCCUGUUCGUGACGCCGUGGACCGUGGUUAAGAUUCUGUAUGAGAACACGGGGUGCUGGUCAAUCAUGAACAGAUGGUUCUGGUGGAUAAUAAGAGGCCCAAUAACUCUAUCAGUGCUGGUCAUUUUCUUCAUAUUCAUCAAAAUUCUGAUGCUGCUGUUGUCGAAGCUGAAAGCCGAUCAGGUGAAAUUCACCGACUACAGAUACAGUUUGGCCAGGGCAACGUUGGUGCUGAUUCCCCUGCUGGGAAUCCAUGAAGUGGUCUUCACAGUGCUAAUAGAUGAAUGUAUGGAGGGCAGCAGCCGCUAUGCCCGGAACUUCAUUAACCUCACCCUCAGUUCCUUCCAGGGAUUCUUGGUUGCUGUGCUGUACUGUUUUGCUAAUGGAGAGGUCCAAACUGAGCUGAAAAAGCGCUGGCAACUGUUUUUGUUCACAAACCAUUUCAAGGUCCAGACCUGUUUUCGAGGAGCAAAUCUCAAGCACCUUUGGAAGUGUACUCGGCGGCAGCACAGGAAGCGCUCUCGGCAAUUUGACUCCUAUGGCGAAGGCCCCACUUCGACGGCUCGCCCACACCUCCUCCAGGUGGCUGUGCAAGCGGGAAGUAGGCCUCUUGGACUCUGGCCACUUAAAGGCCAGGGACUUGAGGGCUACGACUCAGCAGGGCUCGACAUUCUUACCAGGAAGAGUCUUUCCAGUAGCGAUGGUGAGAUGACACUGGGAGAGACGAUGGAGGAGAUUUUGGAAGAGAGUCAGUUCUGAACUCAGUUGGUAAAAUCCAACCAAAGUGGGGUGCAGACAAUGAAUGUAUUCUCCAAGUAGAAUGAGCCAACUUCAGGGGAUGGGAAAAUGGUUUUAGAAAUGCAGCUUGUUCUACCGAGACUUGUAUUACCUGUACAAAAAAAAAGAAAUCCCGGUUUAUGUGGCAAGGAUUUAUUUGCCUACAUCUCUCUGGGGGUUGUGUUAAAGACUCCAACCCUAGAUUUAAUCCAGUGCACAAAAUGGUUAGGUGAUGCAGCCAAAAAGACUUUUACUCACGAGCCACUCGAGCCAACCACCUACUCUGACACUUACCUUAAAGAAGCUGGAAUUGCCAAACCAGCAACAGACAUCUGUGUCACUGGUUACGAUGGAACGCUGCUCCAAACCCCAACUUCCAUCGCAUUUUUACCGCAAACUCGGCUCUCCGACUACCUCCAUUAUCGGCUUUGAGGAGCAACAGCAGCAGGUCUCCAAUGCUGCCAUGGUCUUUUUCAAGGUCACACAGAGACAGUAUAAAAAGCAUCUCGGACUUGGCUCGUGAAAAGUGCUUUUGAAUCCUUGUCAUUUUCUGCAAAAAUACUGAUUUCAACACAGGGAGUGAAGGAAAGGAAAGCAAAACUUGGAACUUAUGGUAUAACUUCAUGGUAAUAUGGAAGACAGCCUAUCUGUGAAAAACGUGGUGUUCAUUGGCUCCUUCUAGUGAUUCACUCAAAGCCUCAUGUAGUCUCCACCCAGAACCAAUCACUGUAACCUCUACAACUACUGCAUCCAUCAUCUUCUGUGAAUAGAAAAACUUGUAAUUUGCCUUCUUUUUUCUUGAUUUUUGAUCAUGUGAAGAUAAUUCGCAUUUUCCUGUGAAUUAUCGUCGCAUUAUAAUUUAUAUUAUAAUGCGACGAUAAUUCUUAUGUGCUAUAGUAUUUCAUAGUCUUCUAUAUUUUGGAUCAACGCUGCCUCCUUUGGUACUUCUAUGUUUAUGUGAAAAAGCAUAGAGGUUCCUCACAACCACAAGCCAAACUAUUCUGCCUUCAUAUAAUUUAAAUGCAGAAUUCUCCGUGAAUUUAAUCUGUGCGUUCUUGUGAUAAAAUGGACUCGACAUUCCUUCAAAUUGUGACUAUAAUAGUGAACUGAUGCAGAAUGAAAGUGUUUUUCUUUAUAAUCUCCAAACUACCAUAGGGUAGGUUAUUUUUGAUGCAAGGAAUGAAAACUUAUUAGAAGUACUUCUGUAAUCAGUUGCUGCUUCCUGACUUCUUUUUUUUUUAUCUCCUGCCAAUGUGUGGGUGUGUUUGCUCAUUGUGAAACAUGGGAUAGUGUACAGGACAGUUUACUGAAAUAAGUCUUUAUAGGCCCAGGAACAAUUAUUUUGCCCUUUUAAGAGGGAAUUAUGGAAGUACAGGCUAUUUAGCAAUAUGCAGAUGUUAAGAAAAUACCAGAAUUUUAAGAGUUAUUACUUAAAUUGUAAAAAGUUUACCUUUUUAAAAACAUCCUAUCAUUUAUGAAUAUGGUUACCGUUCUCUUAAAUUCCACAGGAAACUUAAAGGGUUAGCUUGGAGUUUAUUAAUUUUAGUUCUUUGAAGUUAAUUGUUCCUUAAUCCCUUGUGAGCGUUUAUGAAAAUGAAAUGCAUCGCUAAAAGCGGUCGAAGCUAACCAAGCUAACCGUAGCUUGUUAAAUUCGACCGCUGACGUGGGGGAACAGCUGAUGGGAAAGCCGGGGGUAAUUUCCAAACAAGUAUAAAACGCGGAAAGCACAAAAACAAACAUCUUCGUACAUGUAAAAGUUUAUUCUCGAUGGAGUCAGACUGCACUGGAGGGGUGCAGCGGAUUUGGUAAGGUAUUGCAGCCGCCACGUUCAGUCAACGUUAGUAAAUAUAGAAACAUGAAAUAUAGACGUAGCAACUGUUUGAUGUGAAACUCUAAACUGUUAAUAUUCCCUAAUUAGCGCUGUAUUCUAGCGAUAUAAAUAUUUUUAUUUCGAGAUAAUUUAAGUAGCUAAAAUCUGCUUAAAAAGGAGGUGGUAUACAUUUCACUAGCCUGUGGACUUAUUGACAUAAUUUGAACACGAUAAGUUGGCAUGUCAUUUUAAUAAAGGUGAGGGAAUUACUCUAUUUGGUUCACUUGUCGUCCUGGUGUUUUCUUACAGUUGACCUAAUCUGAAAGUGUCACAAAACACAUUAUAUGAUACUGUAUUUACAUUUUUAGGGUUUUAUUUGUUGCUAUUUCUCAGAUACUAAAAAAUAGUUCUGUGUCAUGUUUUUGUUGGCAAAAAAAGCCAAAACCAUCUUCAAAGAGCAAUUUCAUAUAUUUAGCCAAAUAUUAUCAUGUUAAUGUUGAUGUGUUUAGGUUUACGCAACAAACUUUCCUAUCUCUCACAAAAUUUAUAGCAGUAUUAAUCUUUUUAUACUGAUUUUGGUGAUUUAUUUUGUAAACUAUGAUAUGGCAGGCCAGUGAAAUAUAUCCAAAUGUCACGUCAUCUGGAUUGAAGUGUGCAUAUAAAUACAAUGUAUUUGUUUUUUGAAUGUGAAUAAUACUGGGUCUAAAGUAUAUGUAGCAGGCUUUAACUUGCUUUGUAUCCAUGUGAUGCUUCAGUAAUUACUGUACAUACUGAACUAUGAAAUGUUUGUACAUAUCAACACUGUGAUGUAUGUGCACAAAUAAAAACAAGUGAA